AUGAUUGAACAGGAGGACCAUAUGAUUGAAGAGCAGGUCCCUAUGAUUAUAGCAAAGACUGAAGUGAAGUACAGUGCAUUAGUGGGUGUGGUGAGCUGUGGGCUGUGUGUGUUCCUGGCCUUGUUCGUGGUGGUGUGCACGCAGUCCUUGUCGGAGCAGUGGAUGACAGCUCUGGGUGUGGUGGUGUGGUCCAUGCUCAUCACCAUGGGCUUCACCUUCAUCUUCAGCGGAGAAUUUUUUCCUUGGAACCAGGUGCCUUUCUUCCUCUUCAUCAUCUUUGUGGUGUACACCAUGCUGCCCAUCCGGAUGCGCUACGCUGUCCUCCUCAGCACUGCCUCCACUCUAUCUCACAUUAUUGUGCUUGCCGUGAUCUUCACCGUGAUGCCUCCAGACAUCUUCAAGCGCAGUUUUCCGAGCAAUCAGUUGUUGUCCAAUGCAGCGGUGUUCCUGUGUGGCAGCGUGGUGGGGGCCUUCCACAAGGUGCGUAUGGAGAGAGCACUGAGGCAGACAUGCCAGGACAUACACAGAUUCCUGGGCAUUCGCAUGAAACUGGAGAUCGAGAAAAGGCAACAGGAGGACCUGCUUCAGUCUGUGUUGCCCGUCUACAUAUCCCUGAAGAUGAAGUUCACCAUCAUGGAGCGACUGCAGGACUGCAAAGACAAGGAGGAGAAGCAGCGCCUGGUGAAGGACAACUUCCACAGCCUGUAUGUCAAGAGGCAUGAGAAUGUCAGUAUCCUGUAUGCUGACAUCGUGGGCUUCACCCAGCUGGCCAGUGACUGCUCACCCAAAGAGCUGGUCGUCAUGCUCAAUGAGCUCUUUGGGAAAUUUGAUCAAAUUGCCAAGGAGAAUGAAUGUAUGAGAAUAAAGAUUUUAGGAGACUGUUACUACUGUGUGUCUGGGCUGCCUGUCUCCCUACCUGGGCAUGCAAAGAACUGUGUGAAGAUGGGCUUAGACAUGUGCGAGGCCAUCAAGCAGGUGAGAGAUGCCACGGGUGUGGACAUCAACAUGAGAGUGGGUGUGCAUUCUGGGAAUGUGCUCUGCGGUGUGAUUGGCCUCCGCAAGUGGCAGUUUGAUGUGUGGUCACAUGAUGUCACCUUGGCCAAUCACAUGGAGUCGGGGGGAUUGCCUGGGCGUGUCCACAUCACGGAAGCCACACUCAAACACCUCAACAAGGCCUACGAAGUGGAGGAGGGAAACGGCCACCUGAGAGACCCCUACCUCAAGGAGCAGAAUGUCCAAACAUACCUUGUCAUUGACCCUCGGUCCAAGGACCAGGGACAGACUAGGCGCAAGCCACAAAUGAACGACGGGCUGAAGAUGCGGGCCUCCAUGCGGAUGACCCGAUACCUGGAGUCCUGGGGCGCUGUGAAGCCCUUUGCCCACCUGCAGAGGCGCGAUGAUUAUGCCACUGAUGCCAUAGUCUAUGGCACGUCCCGCAGCAAGGACAUACCUCUGCAGUCAGCUUCCAGUUCCAAACCGUCUGACAGGGACAAGGUCCAGACGACCAAAUUUGAUGAAGAGCUGUGCAAUGAGAUGACCCUGGCCAUUGAUGAACUGAACAGCAAGGAGUGGGUUAAACCAGAAGAAAUCAGGAGCUUCACCUUAUGGUUCACUAAGAAAGAGAUGGAGAAGCAGUACCGCAGUAUUGAUGUUCCCAGGUUCAAAUAUGACAUGGCCUGUGCCACCUUCAUCUUCGUCUGCAUCUUUAUGGUCCAAAUGUUUGUGACAAAUGAGCCCGCAACACUGGGACUGUCAUUUGGAGUGCUGACAUGUGUCUUGAUGUUGAUUUUGAGCAUCUGUUUUGCAAGUCACCUGCAACGGUGGCUUCCAGAGAGGCUGGCGCCAUGUCAGUGGCUGUCUGCCGUGUCUGAAGCAGUGGAGGAGAGGCCGUGUGUGCGCCUCCCCCUGGCCAUAAUCUCUACUGCUAUGAUCCUCAUCCUGGCUGUGUUCAACCUGUAUUUUGUCGACAACCCAACCCCAACCGUGUGUGAUCACAAUUGUACCUCUUUCCACUCAAACGACACCGGUUGGACAGUUAUAGAUCGGAUGUCCUACCUGCCUUAUUCAGUGCACAGCUGUAUCCUGGCUCUGAUUGCAUGCGGAGUGUUUCUGAGGGUCAGCUUUGAGCUCAAAUUAGCCUUCCUCACCCUGGCCUCCACCGCCUACUACAUCAUCAUCCUCAGCUCGGAGCGCCACGUCUUCCAGUGCUUUGGUUGCAUCUUGUCCUAUCACAAUGCCAGUAAGGACAUUAUCAAUGACCCCCAGCUGAUGAGCUGCAUGCACAUUACCUGGUUCCUCAUCACCAUGCUCAUCAUCAUACGACAGAACGAAUACUCCUGCCGCCUGGAAUUUCUGCUGAAGCACAAGAACCACUUCGAGCAGGAUGAGAUCGAGACCCGAGAGAACCUCAACCGGAUCCUGCUUGAGAACGUGCUGCCUGCCCAUGUGGCCACACUGUUUGUUGGGGAGAACAAAAAGAACGAGGACCUAUACUACCAGUCAUACGAGUGUGUGUGCGUGAUGUUUGCCUCCAUCCCGGACUUCAAAGAAUUCUACACGGAGUGUGACAUCAACAAGGAGGGCCUUGAGUGUCUGAGGCUGCUCAACGAGAUCAUCGCCGACUUUGAUGAGCUGCUGUCCAAGCCAAAAUUCAGUGGGGUGGAGAAAAUCAAAACCAUCGGCAGCACAUAUAUGGCUGCCGCAGGGCUGAGCGCAACACCAGGACAGGAGAACAACCAGGACAGAGAGAGGCAGCAGGCACAGACUGGUAACCUGGUGGAGUUUGCCAUUGCACUGAUGGGCAAGUUAGACGGAAUCAACAGGCACUCCUUCAACAGCUUCCGCCUGCGUGUGGGAAUUAACCACGGUCCAGUGAUUGCUGGGGUGAUUGGGGCAAGGAAGCCUCAGUACGACAUCUGGGGAAACACAGUGAAUGUGGCCAGCAGGAUGGAGAGCACAGGAGAGCAGGGCAGGAUCCAGGUGACUGAAGAGACAGCCAGCAUACUGCAGGGGCUGGGCUACUCCUGCGAGUGCAGGGGCCUGGUCAAUGUGAAGGGAAAGGGAGAGCUGAAGACCUUCUUUGUGUGCACUGACAUGAUCAAGUCCCCGGGCAUGGCACUAAGCUGAAAUUGAAUACACAAAGCCACAGCAACUAUCCUCACGGAGAUGCUCUGCCUUUAAGCCAGGAGAUGUCCCUUCACAAAAGGUUUGAUAAUUUGUGACUGAGGAACUCUGUCAGCACUAAAACCUUGAAGAUGAACUGGUCUAGGUGAAAGAACGCUGCUGUUCUGUACCUCUGAAGAUGUACAGUGGUGAUCUUUGGACAGUCAGCCUACCUUAUUGACUUAAAUGGGCUAUGCAUUUGAUGACAUAAUUACUGUAAAUGUUCUUUAUGAAUAAACAUGUUGGGAGUUGUUUUUUAUAUAUAUUUGACACAAGGUAAAAUGUGAGAUCAAAGGUUAGUCAUGAUUCUCAAUCCUUAUUCGUAUUUCUCUUUUCUUGCACAUUGGCUUUUUUGUCAAACAGUAUCAUUUAAAAUAUCAAUGCCAAAUAUAUGGGAUCCUCAAUCCUGGAAGAGCCAGCCUUAGAACUAACAAGCAAUCUGCUUCAUCUAAUUAGCCAGUUAUAAACUUGUGAUAUGUCUGUGCUUCUGAGCUUGCAGUGAAGGGCUCUCGUAGCCAUCUGCAGAUUCAUCUUUGGAGAAUAGUCAGUCCAGCAGCAGAAUGUAGCAUGCCAGGUUGUCUUUCUUUUCAUGUAGUCCACAUUGACAAAGAGGUCUUAUGGGCCCUUCUCAGCACUUGUGGAAACUUGUGAAGAAAUACUGAGUGUAUAUGAGAAACUCAGUGCUUGACAGGAUGUGCCCUGAGGAAAAGACUGUGGAAAGACUGCUGGUGUUGUUCUUUGACCUUAAUUUACUGUCACCAUCUCUUAAAUCCCUCCUCAUCAUCACCAACCAUGUGGCCUU